AUGAAUAAUCAAGAUACUAAGCUUGUUGAUAUUAUUAGCUUCAGAAAACAGAUGAACAACCCAGAUCAGGAUUAUGCUAUCAAUGAGUUAGAGUCAAUCAUGCAAAAAUUCGAACAUUUCCAUGAAAUUCAAUUUACAGACAAAAGUAAGGCCGAAUCAUUCAUUAGUACACUCGUUGGUGCCGCUGCUGUACAAAACGCCGAGUUAAAGAACGCUGCCCUUCGAACAAUUGUUCUUUCAACAUAUUACCUCGAUUUAGAACUGAUUCCAACAUUGUAUAAGUAUGUUUUCACAACAAUGGAAGAAGAAGGAUCACACGUUACAACACAAUUAUGCACAGUAAUCAAAGAAAUAUUGACAAAUCACUCAAAUAUGAAUUAUGAGCGAUGCAGAGAGCUUAUCAAGACAAUUUUCCCAUACUUCCAGAAUUUAGUACCACGCGAUGAAUACACACGUUGUCUUAUUGAGAUUCUUGCCUCAUUAUUAGAAAAUAUCGGAUCAUUAUUCAAUCCAGACGAGAUCCAAUCGACUAUUGAUAGGUUCCUACCAAUCUUCAAGAACUUUAACGACUCUACAGAAGCAAAUUACCUCAAUUUGAUCUCUUCUCUCGUUAAAUUUUGGUCAUUUUACGCAACUCAAGAACAAAUCAACAUUUGUGUUGACAACUUACUCCAGGAAGAAAUUCUCAAGACACCUGCACCAAUUUUGAUCCUUUCUACCUCAAUCGGAGCGAAUCCAGUCGCUUUUGAAAAUCAUUUGCUGAAAUUGUUCGAAUUAUUCAUCAAAGUCUUCAAUUCUGCCUCAACAAAUGAGACUGAAGACGACGAUAUCGAUGAUUUUGCUUCUACUGAGGAUGAUAUUGCAGAUUCUUCCUCUACAGACAUAAUCAAGGAACAAGAGUACUGUAUCAAUGCCAUAGCAACCAUGUGGAGAGCGUUUCCAGAGGAAAUGGCCCAGUUUUUCGAUCAAACAAUUCCGAUAUUUACAAAAUACAUCAUUUACGGGUCAUCAGGUGUUGUUUCGUCAUCACAGAUGGUUGAAGAUGAAGUUAUCCUUGCUGAAGAAGACAUGGAUGAUGACGACGACAUGGAUUUGACAAAUGAUGAACAAAUUGACAUCGACGAUGACACAUGGAGACUUCGCAAGGCAUCAGCAGCACUUGGUAUUGCUUUAAUGCACUCCGCAAAGGAAUCUUUCUUGGAAAUCGUCAAAGAUAUCGAAUUAUUCCAGAGAAUCUUAGCGGUUAGCGAUAUCGCAUCCCUUAAAGAUAUUCUUGAGAUGGUCAGAGAGAUGUUUGUUGUUUACAACAAGAAAUUAACUGAUGAAUACAAAAUCUCAAUUAUUCAAGCGAUCAACAAACAGAUAACUCCUGAUUCUCAAUUUGCUCAUGAUAUCCUUUAUCUCCUCUCUCCAAUUAUCCGCGUUAUUGGCUUAGUUGACGAAGAUUUCUUAUUGACUCCAAUUUCAGCAUUCAAAGGCAAACUUACCUCGAGCGUUGCCACAGCAUUAGUCACAUGCAUCGAAACAGCAGCUUCUUUCGAUUAUUGCUCUGAUUCUUUCAUCAAUAUCUGCUGUGAAGCUGUUUUAGACUGUUCCAAGGCCGGUUGUGCAGAGUCCCUAUGCAUAGAAGCCGCAUCCCUCCUUUUCCAGUCAUUCAGACCACUUUCUCCGGAGAUUUCGGAUCUUGCAAAUUAUUGCAUCGAAAACUCAUCGAAGAAAGAGCUUGUCGUGACAAUAUCACGUACAUUGGCCAUAUUCUCCGCAAACUUCGACCACGAAAACCUCACAAAACGUGCAGUUGAAGUAAUUUCAAGUUAUUUGGCCGACCAACUUGCAGUUUCUAAUGUUUUAUCCGCAUUGAGUCUUGUAACUGUCUCCAAACAGUACAAAUACAUCAGUUCGGAGUGUUGUCAGAUGAUUAUCAAUGAAAUUAAGUCACAAAACAACACAAACAGGUUCAGAUCUCUUUUCUGCAUCUUCAGUUUGUUGGAAAACGACAAACAAAUGACAGAUAAAAAGAAUUUGAUCAACUCUCUCAAGAUCGCAUUUACAACUUCUCAAAGUGGUUCGUUAAAAUACAUUUUGUUGAUUCUUAAAAAAAUUAUUGAAACAAAAAGUGACAUCAAUGAAAUUUUGCCAUCACUUAAAACGGUUUUGACAUCAACAAUUGACAAAAUUAUUAUAGAACCAUCUGCAUCAUUGAUUGCCAAAAUGAGUGAAAUAGAUUUGGAUAAUUCACUUCACUUCAUUUUUGACUUCACAAAUUCAGUCAAAGAUGAUGAUGAUAACAUUCCAAAUCUCGCGGAAAUCAUCGCAAUCGCUGCUGUUUCUAACCCCAAUUUGACAGAAAAAAUUGUCAAAGAUUGUCAACAAAAAGUGACACAAAAGAAACCACUUUCUUUGCGAAUUAUUGGUGAAAUUGGUGCCAGAAAGGAUAUCUCUGAUUUGAAGGACUCCAUUGACUUCAUUUUCGGUUUGACUGACUCUCAAACUGAGAAAAGAGAAGUAUUCGCUGCUGCUGCAUUUUCUAUCGGUUCCAUAUCGUCUUUGUCAGAAAGUUUACAAUGUCAGAUUUUGGAGAAAGCUAAACAAGAAGAAGAGAAGUUGUCAACAUGGUUGAUUGCAUUGGAAUCAUUGACUAAACAGACGAAGACAAAGACAAAGAUGUUCGACCAAAUUGCUGACUUCUUAUUGACUGAUAGAAACAACAUCAAAGAAGAAAAUGAAAAUCCACUGGCAAAAUCUUUGGCAAAUUUGGCAAAAAUUGACAACGGUUUUGUCAUGUCACUUUUCGACAAAUGCACUGAUACCAAUGAAGAAGUAGCUAAGAUUUCUUCACACGCCAUUGAGUAUUUCGUCAGAGAAAUGAAUGUUGUAAAUGACAUUGAAAUAAUUGACAAACUCUGUUCGAAUUUGAAUGAAGAAAAACCGUUAAUAUCAUAUUAUUUAGUUUCUGCAGUUAAUUAUAUUUUGGAGCAGAACAAACGUGUUGAUCUUUCCAAGUACGUGAAGAAAUUUGUUUCUAUGUCAUUGUUCAAUCAAACACAUGAAAUAGAAGUAGAAUUAGGUUUGUCAACAAUUAAGAAAGAUAUUGGAAGUGCAACAAGAUCGGAGGUUUUGACGGUUUUGAGUCAAAUUGACGAUAACAAUUCAAUUAAUGCUGUUAUUAACGGAUUGAAAGAUGUGAAUAUUGAUGUGAUUUUGAGGGCAAUGAGUUUGUUGACAAAUAUCUGUUUGAAUCAGCCGAAAGUUGUAUCUGAAAAGAUUCAAAUCAUUGCAAACAAUAUGAAGGAUUUGCCGAAAGACUUGGAGAGAAAAGAAAAAGACGCUUUGCAGCACGAAUACUACAAUUUACUUGCUGCUUUGAAGAGAAUUCCAAACAUUAACAAUAACGACAUCGCAGAAAUGUUGCACACUUGCGAAGGAAAGAACCAGUUCGAGUUGGCAGUUAAAGACAUCGGAAAGAGAGUCCAGGAAAGAAGAACAAAAGAAAACAUCGGAAUGAAGUCUUCCGUUUCUGAAGAUGUUCUCCACAAAUUUAAUAAGGACGCUCCUUUGAUGUUCGACCAGUAA